AAAGGUUUUAAUGUUCGGUGGUAAGUUAACUUUAAUAUUUUAAUUAAGGUUUGCAUCACUAAUCUUGACGGAUUAGACAUAAGUAAACAAGCAAAAAAAAAUAUCACAGACUGUCUUUUAGGAACAGUGGAGAACCCAGUUUUUCAUACACACAACUUUUUUUGACAGACAACUAUAGUGAUCUCUGCCAGAAAAGGGAACAGUUCAUUAAGGGUGAAGACAUCUGGAAACAAACACUGAGGAGGAAGACAAAGCCAAACAGUUGGUUGAUGGAGGAUGUAGAAGAAGAGGAGAAUGAACAGCCCAAAAAAAAGCAAAAGUGUAAAAAGACAACAUGUACCCCAAAAGAGGCAGCAGACCAAAUGAUUGAAAACCUGAAGAAGGAGCUGAUGGCAAAGCAAACUUCUUUCCAGUCAGCUAUCGAAAAUGAGUUUUCAUCAGAUGAGGACAUACUUGAGAGAAACUGGAGUAAGGUACAACAGCAAAUGAAGGAACUUAAAAGAGAGAACAGGAGGCUAAAAGAAGACAACAUUAAAGAGAUACUUGAUGCCAUGAGAGAGCUUCCCACAGUAGUGACGAAGUUGAAAGAAGUGAUUGGACAAAUAACACUUCAGACCUCACCUACUGCAUCCACUUCUGCAACACCUUCAACAUCAGUAGACUCUGCAUCUGUUUCUCCUCAAGUGUUGUCUGAUGAUAUGGUGUUUCUCAUGCCAGGCUGUGAUGUCAAGGUCCCCAAGCGAAAGCUUAACUCUCUGCGGACGGCAAAUCCGUCAGUAUACAUCGGGGACCUUGCCGUGCUUGUCUAUGGAAGGGAAACCCUGUCUCAUUCAAGCUUGACAGGAAGACAGUCAGGGGCACACAAAGAUGUGGAAUCAAAGCCACGGCUUGAUAGCACAAAACUUGAUGCUAUAUUUGACCAUGCUCUGUCAAAGUUCCCUGACAUCACCAUGCAAGAUGUGAGACGCAUCAUAAGAAAAAAAUGCAACAACGAAAACUACAUCAAGCGAGCUACUACAAAGAAGCCCAUUUGAAUCAAAAUUUUUUGUUGUCAUAUAUUGAACAAUUAUUGUUUGGAUUUGUAGUUUCUUUAGGAACUGAUAUCUUUUAUGACACUACCGUAAACAUUGUGUUUA